UCAACUACUUAGUGCCCGGGUCAACUCGUUCUUCUUUCUUCUCCACCUACAUCUUAAUAACUCCAAAUAAAUCAAUAUUAUUAAAAACUACUGUACUCCAUUUCUCUCCCACACACAAUUCUCAAACAUGCGACGAGGUUUCUUCUUCUUGUUCUUCUUCCUCUUCUUGUUCAUCACAAUCUCAACCUCUACCGUCACAGACACCUUAACCUCAACACAAAUUCUCAGAACAAAUCAAACCCUUGAAUCUCUUCAGGGAUCAUUCGUUCUUGGUUUCAUCUCAGGAACAUAUUCCAACCUUUAUUUAGCCAUAUGGUACAAAAACAUCCCAGACACAGUUGUUUGGGUCGCAAACAGAGACAACCCUCUUCAAAAUUCAACCGACAGCUUUCUCAAAAUCGCUGACGAUGGAAACAUAGUACUUCUCAACUCAUCAUCACUUUCCAACAACAACAAUAUCGUUUGGUCUUCGAAUCAAACAAAUGCGAAUAACCAAGUUCUUGUUCUUCAGCUUUUAGACACUGGAAAUUUAGUACUCAGAGAAACAAACGUGAAUGAUCCAACAAAAUAUCUAUGGCAAAGCUUCGAUUACCCGACAGAUACUUUGUUACCAACCAUGAACAUGGGUUGGAACUUCGACAAAAAAACUGAAAAACACUUAACAUCUUGGAAGAUCACAGGUAAAGAUCCUUCUUCAGGUGAUUAUUCGUUCAAGAUUGAUUUUCAUGGUUUACCAGAAGUUUUCCUGCGGAAUGAUGAUAGCAUAAUAUACCGAAGUGGACCUUGGAAUGGUGAAAGAUUCAGCGGUGUACCAGAGAUGCAACCUGGUACAGAUUCAAUAGUUUUCAGUUUCUCAUCAAACGAACACGGUGUUAACUACUCGUUUUCGAUUGAAAAUAAGUCGAUUUUUUCGAGACUUAUAGUGAAUUCCAAUGGUCAACUUCAACGUCUUACUUGGGUUCAAAGUAGUAAAACAUGGACAACGUUUUGGUAUGCGCCGAAAGAUCAAUGCGAUGAAUACAGAGAAUGUGGUCCUUAUGGUGUAUGUGAUUCCAACGCUUCGCCGGUUUGUGAAUGUGUGAAAGGCUUUAGUCCUAGGAAUGAACAAGCUUGGAAAUUGAGAGAUGGAUCUGAUGGGUGUGUGAGGGAUACGGAUUUGGAUUGUGAAAGUGAUAAGUUUUAUCAUAUGGAGAAUGUGAAGUUACCUGAGACAACAUCUGUGUUUGUGAACAGAACAAUGGAGAUUGAUGAAUGUGGUGAACUGUGUCAUGAGAAUUGUUCUUGUACUGGUUAUGCUAAUGAUUAUGCAACAAAUGGAGGAACUGGUUGUGUUAUGUGGUUUGAUGAACUUAAUGAUAUUAGAAAUUAUCCUAAUGGUGGACAAGAUCUCUUUGUUAGAUUAGCAGCUUCUGAGCUAGAUAACUCAGGAUCUACUAGUGGCUCUCACAAGAAAAGUCAUAAAGCUGAGAUUAUAGGAAUCACAAUUUCUGCAGCUGUUAUAGUUUUGGGACUGUGUAUCCUUUUAUGUAAGAAGAGGAAAUUGCUAAGUCAUGGAAAGACAGACAACAGAGGUUCUAUCCAAAGAAGUAGAGAUUUGUUGAUGAGUGAGGUGGUUUUUUCAAGUAAUAGAGGAACCUCAGGAGACAGGAACAUGGAUGAACUAGACUUGCCCAUGUUUGAUUUUAAUACCAUAAUUAUAGCUACAAAUGACUUCUUGGAAGAAAAUAAACUCGGACAAGGAGGUUUUGGUAGUGUUUACAGGGGAAGGUUGAUUGAAGGGCAAGAAAUUGCGGUCAAGAGGUUAUCAAAAACUUCGGGGCAAGGAAAUGAAGAAUUUAAGAAUGAGGUCAAGUUAAUUGCCAAGCUUCAACAUCGAAACCUUGUUCGGCUUUUAGGUUGUUGCAUUGACAAUGAUGAGAAGCUUCUUGUGUAUGAGUAUAUGAAAAAUAGAAGCCUUGAUUCCAUUUUGUUUGACAAAGCUAGAAAACCCUUAUUGGACUGGAAAAAGCGAUUCGACGUUAUAUGCGGAAUCGCUAGAGGGCUUCUUUAUCUGCAUCAUGAUUCAAGACUCAGGAUUAUCCAUAGGGAUCUCAAGGCCAGCAAUAUUCUACUUGACGGUGAAAUGAAUCCAAAAAUAUCAGAUUUUGGAAUGGCUAGAAUAUUUGGCCAUGAUCAAACAGAAGCAAAUACAUUGCGAGUCGUCGGAACAUAUGGCUAUAUGUCUCCUGAAUAUGCUAUGGACGGAAACUUCUCGGUAAAAUCAGAUGUUUUUAGCUUUGGAGUUCUUGUGCUAGAGAUUAUAAGUGGAAAGAAAAAUAGAGGAUUCUACUACGCGAACGAUGAUAUGAAUCUUCUAAAGAAUGCAUGGGGACAGUGGAGAGAAGGAAAUGCAUUGGAACUCAUUGAUUCGUCGAUUCGCAAUUCAUAUACAGAAUCCGAAGUUCUUAGAUGCAUACAUGUUGGACUAUUGUGCGUCCAAGAACGCGCCGAAGAUAGGCCAACAAUGCCUUCAGUUCUCUUGAUGCUUGGAAGUGAAACCGCACUAAUGCCAGAACCUAGAAGUCCAGGGUUUUCCCUUGGAAGAUCAAAGAAUCCUCCGGAGACCGAUUCAUCUUCAAGUAAACAAGACGAAACAUGGAGUGUGAACCAAGUUACAGUCACAUUGCUUGAUGCUAGGUAGAAAAAGUAGUAAAAGAAACAUGACAUCAUGAUCAUCAAACAUAUUUGUAUAGUCCUAGAAAAUCAGAAACAUGAAAAUAUGUUUCUGUAAAUAGACUUUAGUAGCAGUUGCGAAUUCGAUUCUGUAGAGUUUACUUUUGAUGUGGUUAACACUCAUUUUGUACUCAUACAAUCUUAUAAUGAUACCGUAUUUAAUGAUAUAAAAUUUUGACAUGAUAUAAAAUCU